AUGACUCUAGAGAAAACAGUGCAAAGAUCAAGGAAAGAUUGGUCAAGAAAAUUAGAUGAUGCAUUGUGGGCAUAUAGAACUGCUUUCAAAACACCGAUUGGCAUGUCCCCAUAUCGGUUGGUGUUUGGAAAGGCUUGUCAUCUACCGGUGGAGUUAGAGCAUAAAGCUUUUUGGGCCAUGAAGACUCUUAACAUGGAACUAAAAGCUACAGGGGAGAAAAGAUUGUUACAGUUGAAUGAGUUAGAGGAGUUUCGAAACGAAGCCUAUGAAAACGCAAAAAUAUACAAGGAGAGAACUAAGAAGUGGCACGAUCAAGGUCUAGUACGGAAGGAGUUUCAACCAGGGCAGCAAGUGUUACUCUUUAAUUCAAGGUUGAAACUGUUUCCUGGGAAGCUGAAGUCAAGGUGGUCAAGACCAUUCACAGUGGUCAAGGUGUUUCCUUAUGGAGCGGUGGAGUUAAAAGGUGUUGGUCCAGUAACUUUCAAAGUUAAUGGACAGCGUUUAAAGCUUUACUUGGGAGGUCAAUUUGACCAAGCCAAGUGCGCCAUGAUUCUGGCGUCACUUUGA